CUUACCGCUGUGGCAAUUAAAUGGCAAAGUUAUACAUCGCAACGGUUGUGGUUUGCUCUGCUUUUGCAAUUGGUACUCUGAUUAACCCAUGCCAAAGAGAGUAUAGAUCAUUUCGAGAUACCUUACAAAAACAUCGGCGGGAAGGAAGGGUGCUGUCAAAUUCAACCGUGUCAUUUCCAAGGCAGUUUGUUUUCACCAAGAUGCAAUGUCUUGAAAUAUGCUUGAGGAAUCCUCUUUGCGACGGCUUUGAGAUGAGACAAAAGGUUAACAACGAAAAGAACAUGUGGGCAUGUAAGAUAUACCGGAUUUCAAAUUCUAGUGAAAAGAAGCAGGAAACAAACGCUGGACUCAAAAACUGGAUUCAUUACAACAUCAGCUCCCUUGAACUUCAAAAGAUUUUGUCAUCUUCGACUUCAGCCUGCUAAAGGAAAGAUAUCUGUCUCUAUCAAGUUCAUCGGAUUGACACUGAGAUUUUUCGGACGGAGAUCUAGAUAGCAGUGGAAAAAAAUAACUGGCGUAUCAAGACAAAACCUAAUGACGAAGUCCCUUCCUGUUCUUUUUCAGAACAGUGAAUGAAAGUUGUAACCUAUCGAUAAUAAAGUAGACAGGAUAUUUUAAACUAAAACCCUGUGACGAUUCAAUUUCAAAUUUGAAAAUUGAGUAACAUUUAGUGUGUACUGAACGUCCAAAAUGUUU